AUGGUGAAAGGAAACGUAUUACAAAUUUUGACUACAGUGGUUUUCAUCACUGAGCUUAAUGGAAUUUUCGCAUUUGACUAUCACCACCCUGAGCUGUGGAGCAAAGAACAAAAAGAAUGCGCUGAAAACCGUCAAUCUCCUGUAAAUGUUCCAAGGCGUAAAAUAAAAGAAACGCUCCCAAACAAAUUAGUCAUCAGCAAUUACGAUACAAAACCAACAGGAGUUAAAGUGACGAAUAAUGGCCAUACUGUGGCAUUUUCACCAAUCUAUCAAUUGAAAAAACCAAGUAUUCAAGGUGGACCUCUCAAUGGUGUAUAUGUCUUAGACAGCUUCCACUUCCACUGGGGUUUAUCGAAUGCAAAUGGGAGUGAGCAUACUCUUGAUGGACGGCAUUAUCAACUAGAGAUGCACUUGGUUCACUAUAAAGAAGGUUAUGGCUCAAUGAAGGGUGCAAUGGGUAAACCUGACGGUCUUUCUGUGAUUGGUGUUUUCUUUUCCAUUCCAACGACGAAAAAUCCAAAACAUUCAGCACUUGAUCCGAUAGUAAAUUUAUUAUCUAAGGUGAAGGAUGUAGAAACAACAGUAAAUAUUCCACCGUUUUUAUUGUCAACUUUUGGACUGCAAACACCACAAACGUAUGUAACAUACCAAGGAUCUUUAACUACACCACCUUGUUCGCAAGUGGUAACUUGGUUAUUAUCUUUGGCUCCUCAUGUCGUUACUAAUCAACAGAUGCAGGCUUUUAGAGCAGUAAAGCUGGAACAUUUGGAUAAAGAAAAUGACAGACCACAACAACCUAUUAAUCGCCGCGUGUUUAAAUUUGUUAACACUUAA